AUGGCUACACAUCCUAUUUCUACUCCAUCAAGUGGAUCCACUGAUGAGCAUGUGUCUCAUCCAUUGGAUGAUAUAGACCAAGAGGAUAUGUCACAAUCACCAUCAUUAUUUACAUCUACACCUCCAAGAAAACGUAGUCAGUCGUUUUUACAUCGAUUACAAAAAGUUCUUCAUUUAAAAACAUCUAAUGGAAAUCAUGACGAUUCGUCUCAGCGCCCACGAGCAUCAUCAAUGGCACAUCCUAGUAAAGCAAAUCCAUCAGAAAGAUCAUCCUCCGACAAUUAUUCUGCAAAAAGACCUGGUGCAAAUCAGAACGAUUCGUCUCAGCGUCCACGAGCAUCAUCAAUGGCACAUCCUAAUAGAACAAAUCCAUCAGAAAGAUCAUCCUCCGACAGUUAUCCUGCAAAAAAAACUGGUGCCAAUCAUGACCGUCCAUCUCAGCGCCAACGAGCAUCAACAAUAGCACAUCCUAGUAGAACUAAUCCAUCAGAAACAUCACCUUCCGACAAUGGUCAUGAAAAAAACAAAAACGGACGACAAAGGGCAAAAACAAUCAGUACAAUGGGUUCAACAGACAAAAAAACGUCAUCAAAGAAAAAAGAAAUUUUGGAUACAGACGAAAAAGCACAACAAUCAAGAUCUGUAUUUGAAUUCGCAUUUUUUCGUUAA